AAAUUCUCUCUCAUCCAAACGAAGGAAACCUCUCUCUAUCUUUCUCUCUCUAGCCCACAUCAUCCUUGUUCAAGACAAGAAAACUUUCUCUCACUAGGCCAUACUACUAAUGGGAAGUCUCCCCUCUUGUGUGGGUUGCAAUGUCACGAGAUGUCUUAAGACUCUUAACCAAGUUGAUGAGCUUGGAGGUGCCAUGGAGGUUCCUCAAAAUUCUAAUGCAACAGCAAGGGUGGUUCCCUUGUCUUUCUCGCCGGAAAAUGGAUCAUUGGUUGCCGGAAAAGCAAUUCAAAUGCUAAAAUUUGUUGGAAAAAUGGUCGGAAAAUGCGGUAGCACAAGAUCGUGGAAGGAAGUAGAGGCAUGCUUUGAUAAGUUGGCAGUUGUUUCCCCGGAAAAUGGCUGGGUUCCGGCGAUAUCACGGUCAGAUUUUCCAGAAUGCAUUGGAAUGAAGGAGAGCAGAGAAUUUGGAGACCAGCUGCUUCAAGCCUUAACAAGAAGGAGAGGUUCUCAAAAAGUCAUUUCCAAACAAGAGCUCCAUUAUUACUGGUCUACAAUAACUGACCCCAGUUUUAAAUCAAGAAUCAGCAUUUUUUUUGACCUGUGAGAAUAUAUUUACUUUCAUUUCUAAAAAAUAUUUUUAGUGUCCUAGACUUUAAACAUUAUGCAAAAUAAUCAAUUGAGUGGUUGGCUUUUCCCUUUUCUCUCUUUUAAGCUAUGGCACUAUUUUAAGAAUUCAAAUAUUCAUUUUUUUUUUUUCUUUUUCUAUCUAGCUUUCUAUUUUUGUUACACUUUCCCAUGAUUAAUGCCUCCUAUCUCUGUUUAAGGUGCGAUAAAGACAUGGAUGGAAAAAUUUCUGAGACAGAAAUCAAGGAGGUCAUCUUGUAAGUGCUUCCACAAAUAAGCUGGAGAUACUGGAGGAAGAUGCUGAGGAUUAUGCUAGUAUCAUUAUGGAGGAGCUUGACCAUGAAAACCUCGGCCACAUAGGGUUAUCCCAACUUGAAGAAUUCUUCAAGGAACUUUUCUCAUCAGAAUCUUAUGAACAUGGAUACAUUCCCAAGUGGAUUUAUACUAACCCAAUUCAAAGGAUCAUCUCACAUUUCACAAUUGAGAUCCAAACACAUUGGCGCAGAGCAUGGAUAAUAUUGGCUUGGUUGCUGGCCUGUGCUUCUCUUUUUGCCUGGAAAUUCAUGCAAUAUAAGCAAAGUUUGCCUUUUGAAGUCAUGGGUUAUUGUCUCUGCACAGCCAAAGGGGCUGCUGAGACCCUCAAACUCAACAUGGCUCUGAUCCUCCUUCCUGUCUGUCGAAAUACGAUCACGUGGCUCCGGCAAAACCGUUGGAUUAGUUCGGUUAUUCCAUUUAAUGACAAUAUCAAUUUCCAUAAGUUGAUUGCAGGGGGAAUUGUCACAGGUGUGAUUCUACACGGUGGGACCCAUCUUGCUUGCGACUUCCCAAGGAUCGUCGGAUGCAACCAUACCAUUUUUCGACAGACAAUCUACGAAAACUUUGGCCACCACCAACCUAGUUAUGUUGAGAUAUUGGCAACCACCGAAGUGGCAACAGGAAUAUGUAUGGUUGCUAUGAUGGUUGCAGCAUUCUUAACCGCCACCCAAUUGCCACGCCGAAAUCCGGCAGCUUUGCCAUGGCCAUUCCGACGAAUCACAGGCUUCAACGUCUUUUGGUACUCGCACCACUUGUUCAUCUUGGUUUAUGCAUUGCUUAUUGUGCAUUCCAUGCUCCUAUUUUUUACCAAAGACAACAUGGAGAAAACAACAUGGAUGUAUAUUGCGAUCCCUAUAAUUAUAUAUGUCGGGGAAAGGAUUAUACGUAUCAAUCGAUCAAAUCACUAUGACUGCAAUGUUCUUGAGGCUGUGAUUUAUCCUGGAAAAGUUCUAUCAUUGAAAUUGAGAAAGCCAAAGGGAUUUCAUUAUAGAAGCGGAAUGUAUGUUUUCCUACAAUGUCCUCAGAUUUCUCCAUUUGAAUGGCAUCCAUUCUCAUUGACAUCAGCUCCAGAUGACCCAUAUCUUGCUCUUCAUAUAAGAACCCUUGGGGAUUGGACACAUCAAAUUUACAGCGUUUUUCAAGAGACAUCAAAAUCCAGCACUGUAAAGUACCCGAGAUUAUUGAUUGAUGGACCGUAUGGAUCGGCAUCGCAAGAUCACAUAAACUACGACAUCGUCCUCCUUGUCGGCCUCGGCAUUGGUGCAACUCCCUUCAUCAGCGUCCUACACCACAUUGUUCAUGCUCUUCGUAGACCAAGUCCAGACAUUAUUGAUGGUGGAGAAUCCGGCUCAUCAUCCCAUCCCUCAAAAGUGUACUUUUAUUGGGUUACAAGAGAACAAGGCUCUUUUGACUGGUUCCGUGAUAUUAUGAAUGAAAUCUCCAACACCAAUAAAAAACAGGGACAGAUAGAGAUGCAUAAUUAUCUCACCAGCGUCUAUGAGGAAGGGGAUGCACGAUCAGCGUUGAUCUCCAUGGUUCAAGCUCUCCAUCAUGCCAAGACUGGCAUAGACGUCGUAUCCCAUACUCCAGUGAGGGCGCACUUUGCUAGACCAAAUUGGCACAGAGUCUAUUGCAACUUGGCAGAACGCCAUGCAGGAGCCAAAAUUGGAGUAUUCUGUUGUGGACCUCAAAUUUUGGCAAAGGAGCUAGAGAGGUUGUCCAAAAAGUUUACAAAUACAACCAGCACAAGAUUUGUUUUCCACAAAGAGAAUUAUUGAAUUUUUACUUCUCAAGAAAGUGAAAAACUAAUAAAUUUCUUUACUCAAUUUUUGUUUUCGUUUUCUUUUCACGGGUUAAGAAAGCCCCUAAUUUGUAACUGAGCUAUUUGUUUUCAAUAAAUCCAUUGUGAGUUGCAUUUUGUUUAUCAA